AUGAUUACCGUGAUAUUGAAAUCCAACACUUUUAGCUGUCUUAAGCAGUCCAGUGGGGUGGUGGUGUACUGCAAUCAUAAAGAACUUGGUUGUCUGUAUCUCAUAACCGGAGUCAUCUUCAGUAUUCUAGGAACUAUAAGUCUUUGUUUAUUCGAUUUGAGUUAUACAGUUCUGGAUCGCGGAUCAUUUGUACAGAGAACGAUAGCUACUUAUAAUGUGAUAAGUACGAUACAUGGCCUAGCUAUGAUCUUUAUGUUCUUAAUGCCUGCUUUGUACGGAGGAUAUGGUAACUUCUUUGUACCAAUAUAUAUUGUGGUUCGGAAGUCGUUUUCCCAAGAAACUAACGCGAUCUCCUAUUUUCUAGUACCAUUAGUGAACUCUUUUGGUCUGAUCCUAAGUACGCAGUGA